CGACUAUCGUUAAAAACUUGCACGGUGAGAGGUUUUGGAGGUGAGAACUCUCUCGUUUCUGACUCUGCUUCUGUUUAAGCUUACUUACUUGCUCCUGCCGUCCAUCUCAUCGACCCUAACAUCUUAACUCUGAAGCACCAUCAGCUGAGAUCCCAGCUGCUUCUAUGGGGACGGCCGUCAUUAACAAGAAGAAGGGCCUGAAGGCGAAAAAACUUCCUUCUAAGAAGAAGCAGAAGACGGAUUCCUUCUCCGAAAAACCGCCGAAAAAGCUCGAUCUUCUCGAGGAUUCUGAUAGCCCUACUGAAGAACCAGAAGUAGAUGAAGUAGGAGGAGAUGACUCUGCUUCUGAUAUUUCUUCUGACGGGGACGAUGUCUUCGCCGAUGAUUUUCUUCAAGGGAGCGAUGAAGGAGAGAAGGGCUCCGAUUCGGAUUCUGCUUCUGAUUCUGAUUCAGAAGAGUCAGAUAUAGAAGAUAAGUCCAGAGCUAUUGAUGAAGAGAGGGCCAGGGAAGAAAAAGAAGCAGAGGAGGAAUUGCAGCUCAACAUUAAAGAAGUAUCGGAUGAGUUCCGCUUGCCUACCGAAGAGGAGCUUGAAGAAGAGGCACAUCGCCCCCCUGAUCUUCCGAAUCUUCAGCGUAGGAUGAAAGAGAUUGUUCGAGUGCUUUCAAAUUUUAAGUCUUUAAGGCAAGAAGGAGUGACGCGGAAGGAUUACGUUGAGCAGCUUAAAGGGGAUUUGGGUUCUUACUAUGGUUACAAUGACUUCCUGAUUGGUGUCUUGGUCGAGAUGUUUCCAGUUGUUGAGCUUAUAGAACUUAUUGAAGCUUUUGAAAAGCCUAGACCCAUUUGUCUACGAACUAAUACUUUAAAGACACGGAGACGGGAUUUGGCUGAUGUGUUGAUAAAUAGAGGGGUAAACCUGGAUCCCUUAAGCAAGUGGUCGAAGGUUGGACUGGUUGUGUAUGAUUCUCAAGUACCAAUUGGUGCAACUCCUGAAUAUAUGGCUGGCUACUACAUGCUACAAAGUGCAAGCUCAUUUUUGCCCGUAAUGGCCCUUGCUCCUCAAGAGAGGGAGCGGAUUGUAGAUAUGGCGGCGGCUCCUGGUGGUAAAACAACUUAUAUUGCAGCUCUUAUGAAGAACACUGGAAUAAUUUAUGCAAAUGAGAUGAAGGAGCCUAGACUCAAGUCACUCACUGCAAACUUGCACCGUAUGGGUGUAACAAACACCAUAGUUUGUAAUUAUGAUGGGAAGGAGCUGCCAAAGGUUUUGGGACUAAACACUGUUGAUCGAGUGUUGUUGGAUGCCCCCUGUAGUGGAACUGGAGUUAUAUCUAAGGAUGAGUCUGUUAAAGCCUCUAAAAGUUCUGAAGAUGUACAAAAUUGUGCUUUUCUGCAGAAGCAAUUGAUACUUGCAGCAAUUGACAUGGUGGAUGCUAAUUCCAAAUCUGGGGGAUACAUUGUCUACUCCACUUGCUCAAUAAUGAUUCCUGAGAAUGAAGCAGUUAUAGACUAUGCGCUGAAAAAAAGGAAUGUGCAGUUGGUCCCAUGUGGGCUAGACUUUGGCCGUCCAGGGUUUACACGCUUUAGAGAGCACCGGUUUCACCCCACGCUUGAAAAGACUAGGCGGUUUUACCCCCAUGUUCAAAACAUGGAUGGGUUUUUUGUGGCAAAGUUGAAGAAAUUGAGCAAUUCCAAGCCAACACUGAAUCGAUCUGAGGAAUCGGGAACUGUAGAACAGGCACCUGGGCCCGAUAAUGCCCAAAUCAAUGAAAAGAACAACACAGAAGGAGAACCUCAACGGCCCCAAGUUGCUGAUCUUAAGAAGGCAGAAGGCAAUGGUGGGCCCAAUAAUUCCCAAAUCAAUGAAAAGAACAACACAGAAGGAGAACCUCGACGGCCCCAAGUUGCUGAUCUUAAGAAGGCAAAAGGCUAUGGUGGCUUCAGAAAAGGUUUAUCAACCAAUGGGAAUCAAGAACCACGUGGUAGGCCCAAACAAUAUAAAAAAAGGAAGUUCCCCUCUAGAGAAGAAAUCUCAAGAUCUAGAGAAGAGAAGAGGAGGAAAGCUAGGAAAAAUAAAGCUCAAUAAAAAUCUGAAGGGGUCACUCAAUGAAAAUCUAGCAUAUGAAGCAUGGGUUGGUGGAAUGCAAGUCUGUGGAGAAUGCGUGGCAGUAUGACAUUGGCUUGGUAAUUCAAUUCCAGGGAGGUACAUUUGGGAUGGAAAGACAGCAGAGCAAUUAAUUAUGCUAUGGCAAUGUGAUUUUAGCAUGCAUGUCCAGGGAGAGAUUCUUAAUUCACCUGCAUUAAAUUGUUCCACCUCUUGGUAAACAUCAGCAUCUGGCUAAUCAUGUAGUGGCAGUUCUGCUUCCCUAUAUUAGGCUCAUCGAAUUAGAAAAGUUUUGUUUUAUUUUGUUUCUUCAAAUUUUGGUUGAUGAUUUCACAAUUUCUAUCCAUUUUCUGUAUCGGAUAAACUCCAUUUCAAUGUGAGAUAACAUUUGACAAUAUGCAACCUCUUUGGUUAGUAAAUAAAGGUAGAUUUACAGAA